AUGCCUCUCGUAAUCUCAACGAUUAGGCCGGCUGAAGAAGUUACAAUCCACAGCGGCCAUCGUCAGCUCUCAGCUGGCUGCUUCUGCGAAACGACAUCGUCUAAACUGAUCGUUGCAGUCUAUCUUCAUUGCACACGUGGCGACAUCCCCGUACUCGGAAUCAGUCCUCCAGUUCCAGUACCCAAAAAGUUAUGUGCAGGCAGAGCAUCUCUGCUCGAGUUACAGCUUCCCACCUUCCUACUGAUACAGAGAAACUCGGCUAACGGCAAGCGCUGUCGGCAACCUGGAAGAUCGGAGGCUCAUCUGGGCGGUGGAGCUGAGAUGAAUUUGUAA